AUGGUGUCCACGCGCGGUGGAGCCACGACAAACCCCGAGGAUGUGCUCGACGACGCUCGAAGCGCGCCGCGGAGGACGAACGCGACGACGAGAGGACGAAACGUUGACGAAUUCUCAACGAGUGGCGGCGGCGAGGAAACGUCGAGCGACGCUCGAGCGAGCGAUGACGACGGCGAACGCGCGAGCGAUGAGGAUUCGGACGAUCGUGAUGCCACCGAGGAGAGCGACGAUGAUUCGGCGAGCGAUGCGGUGGAGGACGCGUUGGCGAAGAGGAUUCGCGCGUCGGCGGAGAAGCGCGCGAGCGGGACGCGCGCGGAGGAGGAGGACGCGACGGACGACGGGAGCGACGAUGCAUCAGAGUCAGCUGAGGAUGAUGAUAAUUCAGAUUCAAAGUCCGAUUCGGACGCUUCGGCGUCGGCGUCGGCGUCGGCUUCGGAUUCGGAUUCGGAUUCGAACGCUAAAGAGGAAGACCUUUGGCGACGCGCGGACGACCCGGUGCUGAACGACGUCAUGGUGUAUUACCUCGCGCAGUCGAUGCACGCGGAGUGCGAGCUGGAGGAGUAUCGGCAAAGGGUGUCCGACCCGAACUUUGAACCCACGAAGGAGGAUUACGAGUUCGUGGACGCGAUGCGAAAGGCGGUGGUGAAGACGUACAUGCUCCCGUUGCCGACGCUCGAGAGCGAGGCCAAGGCGCAGCAGGAACGCUUGCGCAAGGAGGCGGGUGGGAUCGACGGCGCGCUCCCGCGCGAGCGAGCCGAUGUGUUGGACGCGAUGCCGACCGACGGUUGGAAUCGCGAGCGAAAGAAGGAGCGGGUCAAGAUGAAAGCAAACGACCCCUCGGCGCAGGGUAAGGCGUAUGAGACGCGCAAGUUGAUCGAGGAAGGCGCCGGGCUCUUCGUCGCGCCCAUGGAUCAGACCAAGGUUCGACGAGAGAUGAAGAAGAUGGAGCGAAAGACCGCGGGUAAGGGUUGGUUCGACAUGAAGGCCGUGGAGUACACGCCAGAGAUGCGAAGAGAGAUGCGCAUGCUCAAGCUUCGCGGCGCGUACGACCCGAAGCGCUUCUACAAAAACGCCGACACCACGCGACUUCCCACGCACUUCCAGAUCGGUACCGUCAUCGGUGGCGCCGCGGACUGGCAUUCCGCGCGUUUGGCCAAGCGAGACCAAAAGCAAACGCUCGCAGAGGAAAUUCUGGCCGACAAGGACAUCGAGCGCGUGCGCCGAAACCGCUUCGCCAAGAUUCAGGAGAAAAACGCAGGUAACAUGGGACGCAAGGCCAAGCGAAGACUCGGCGGUCGCGACCGCGGGAAAUCCAAACGUCCGAAAAUUUAA